AUGGCGAGGGACGCGGAAUGGGAGAAGGCGUACCGAGCUAUCCAGAAGCUCUGUCCGGCGGGGGAGAGGAGUGACGCUUUGAGGCCUGGCGUCUGGCUUCAGGUGAUGGACACAUUCCUGGAGCCUCAGCAGAUGUACAUCACCAGGAAGGGCAAGACCCGAGACGUGUUCGUCGACUACCAGCGCAACCGACCCCCCGUCGACAAGGUGAAGCUGGCGCAAUCGAUCAAGAGGGUAUGGAACCGCGCGAAGGCGGCCUUCUUGGCAAAUAAGCAGGCCGCGUCCAAGAAGACCGGAGAAGGGACGAUGACAGCGGAGCAGGAGAGCGAGAUUCUCGCCAAUAACUCGGAGGACUACCAUCUGAUGUUGUCCAUACUAUACCAGCAAGCUGCGAAGGAGAAGGCGAUGGCGGGCGACACGGUUGCGAAGGAGCACAGACAGGACGGCAUGAGGGUGCGGGACAAGGCUGCGGGGGUGGAAGAUCUGGUCGCGAGCGAGGCGGAGGUUCCGCCCGCGGUGCCUCCGACCGUGUCGGAGGUCUCGGCCGGCGCGGGUGGGCGUGGCCGUGAUUCCACCUCGGGGACCCGAGGAGGCGCUUCGGGCGGGAAUGGACGCGGUCGUGCGUCUACGGGUGGUGGACUCCCCGGGUCGUCGGCUGGGAGUGGACGUGGGAACGGCUCAGCUGGCCGUAGGCGCACCUCGCGAGCGUUCGGGUUGGUCGAGCUACCCGGCCGCUCGGUUAUGAACCGAGAGCAGGAGAAGGAUUACUUCGCGCCCAGACGAGGCUCUUUGGAGAUGGGCGGAGAGCAGCAUUCACGCGACGAGGGGCAGCCCGACGGGGAGGACGACGCUGACGGCGAGGACAACGACGACGACCUUUCUUGGGCCGGGUCGUUGGGGCAGGGAGACGACGGAAACUACGGCCCUGGUAGCGUCGAUCUCGAAGACGAUGACGCGACGGACAUUUCCGCGGGCAGGGCGGGGCGGCAGCAGCGGUCCGCGAAGGGUGGGGGGGGCAUGCGGAAGCAGACGUAUCGCAACCGUCCAGGUGAUUCGGAUGACCUUAAGAGCAUCCUGAAGAAGGCGGUGAACCACGUUAUCAACAAACCCAGCCACCCUCCCCAACAAGCGUCCGCUGCAGUCGACCCCGCCCUCGCUGUGCGGGUCGGGCACAACACUCAACUUGCGCAGCGCAGUCACGAGGUUGCCCAGCAAAGUUUGCAGAAGACUGAACAAAGCAACGCCAUGUUGCAAAUGCUUCUGGGCCAGUUCCACCUCCACCCGUCGGGGGGGGUCCGGCCCCAGCCCCAGCACCUCCUCCGCCACCACCUGCUGCGCCAGCUUCUGCUCCAGGACCAGCUGCGGCGUCGGUUCCACCCGCGGUGGGAGUAG